UGACGUGCCUCCGUGGGCCUCAGAGGUCUCGGCACUUUCUUCAAAUGGGCUGAUUACAACAUAGAGGAUGUGGACAGGGGAGUUUUUCCUGUUUGAUGUCAUACUGCUACCCUUUAAAAGUCCAGGGGGGGAAAGGAGGAAUCCAGCCUAGGACCCUCACACCGGCCACUUGCAAGGAAGAAGUGGGAAAAGCCCGCAAGGCACAGGCCCACAGUGAGGGCAGGAGUGUCAGGUUUCAAACUCAGCACCAGCCACUCAGAGCGCAGCGAUGCUACGGACCCGCCUCGGGCUGUGGGUCUGUGUCCUCUGCAGCGUCUGCAGCCUGGGCCUGGUCAGAGCCUACCCCAACACCUCGCCUCUGCUCGGCACCAGCUGGGGCGGCCUGACACACCUGUACACAGCCACAGCCAGGAACAGCUACCACCUGCAGAUCCACAAGGACGGCCGCGUGGAUGGCACACCUCAGCAGACCGUCUACAGUGCCCUGCUGAUCAGGCCGGAGGAGGCUGGCUUCGCGGUGAUCACGGGCGUGAUGAGCAGGAGAUACCUCUGCAUGGAUUUCAGGGGCAACAUUUUCGGAUCACACCUCUUCAGCCCGGAGAGCUGCAGGUUCCGGCAGCGCGCCCUGGAGAACGGCUACGACGUCUACCACCACCCGCAGCACCACUUCCUGGUCAGCCUGGGCCGGCCCAAGAGGGCCUUCGUGCCAGGCACGAACCCGCCCCCCUACUCCCAGUUCCUGGCCCGGAAGAACGAGAUCCCGCUCAUCCACUUCAACACCCCGAAGCCGCGGCGGCACACCCGCAGCGCAGAGGACAACUCGGGUCGCGACCCGCUGAACGUGCUGAAGCCCCGGCCGCGCAUGACCCCGGCGCCCGCCUCCUGCUCACAGGAGCUCCCGAGUGCCGAGGACAACAGCGUGGUGGCCAGCGACCCCCUGGGAGUGCUCAGGGGCAACAGGGUGAACACGCACGCGGGCGGGCUGGGCGUGGACCGCUGCCGCCCCUUCCCCAGGUUUAUCUAGGCAAGCGCCCGGCGUCUUCCCCAGCCCGCCUCUCGGCAAGCUUUCACCGGCCAGCAGUCUUUAUGCUCCAGGGAAAAGGGCUGGGGCGAUGCCUGCAAUCAGCUGCUUCUCUCCGUUGCCUCCCCCAGGAGGUCCCCCGAGAUUCAGCCUUUGGGGCCUGAGUAUCUGGGUUUCACUACGUUCCCUGCUCCCCGUAUUCCACCUUUCUGAAUAAGAAACCCCAACAGGUAAACAAGAAAUUCCUCCUUUAUUAAGAGGGAGAAAAGGAAUGUUUUCCUAUAUUUCUCUUCUCUGUGUCUUUCUUUGUAAUUAAAAGCAGCAGCAGCUUUAAUGAGUUCACUAGGAAGGUGUAGCGAAGAGGCCGCCCAGAGGUUUCUCCUUUGCUGUGUGUCCGCAUUCCCUGCAGGAUCCGUUGGCAUCUGAGUUUGUAAGGUACCAUGAACAAAAAGACUAGUGGUAGGCUGGUGGGAACUUGACUAGGAGAAUGCUGGGUAAACGGAGGUAGAAGACCCGCCUCCCUGCAGGGUGGGCUCCCUUUGCCUCACACUCCCUCCCAGCAGCUGGAGCCCAAGGACCCAGAAGGACCCUGCUCCCUUCCAAGUGGCUUGUGACACAGCCUCACCCCUCAGAUGCACCUUUGGCUUUAGAGGAAUAGCUCUAGUAUCCACUUGUGAGAACCUACCCUGCCCAGGAUUUGGUUUUUAAAAUGGAAGUAAAGGACUGGCCCUGUUGCCUAGUGGUUAAGGGAGCCAGCUCCAACGUGGCUGACUGCAGUUUGAAUCCUCUCCCCAGUAGCUUGAAAACUAUGCUGGCACAUGUACAUGCAUGCCCAAAGUUGGAAGAAGUGGAAGGGAACUGUGGGACCGAGUCCCAUGGUGGGGUGUGCUCUCUGGCAAGAGCACAUCCUCUGGCUCACUAAAAAAGAAAAGGAAAUGGCUGAUUGUCAGAAAAGCCACGAUCAUUUUUGCGUAGAAAAAAUACAUGAUGGCUUUUCUGCCAAACCCGAUGAAUUCAAACUCUCCUAUGCAGCUUUUAAGCCUCUACCUCCACGUUCAGUAGUAAUCCACUCUGGAUGAACUGCAAAAAUGUGACCAAGGAGGGGCUUGGAGGCUCUGAGAAUGCUCAGGGUUAGGUCUUCCGCGGACUGAACUGUUGUGUACUUUUCUCUAAGUGAGGUGGCAUCAAGGACUCAGGAAGAAGCCCCAUAACCAGAGCCCCCAGUCAUAGAGUGAUGAAGAGCACCACCGGGCCGCCUGAGGCCUUUCUGCCGCUGUAGAGUUCUGCAGCCGUGGCUAUAGGGCGAGUUAACACACGCGUGGGCUGGCACAUCUGCGUCCCGGCCACUUGGAUGUUGUUGGGGCAUUACAUGGAGACAG